AUGAGCCGCGUUCCGCAAUUCUCUUGGUUUAGUAUUUACAAACAGUUGUAUCGGUCUGCUUUAAAGUUUCCGCAAUACAGUUAUCGUGAAUUUUUCAAGCGAAGAAUACGUGAUCAUUUUGAAGCAGCUAAGUGUACGAAUAUUUCAGAAGUAGAGUUCCGUGAGCGCUGUCGAGAGUUGCUACAAGUCAUUAAUCGUCAGUCUGACUUAUAUCGAAGUUACCCCAUUGACAAAAUUGUCAUCGAGCAGAAAACGAAGUUGUGA